AUGGCAGCACCAAACGGCAGCAUACCAAAUGGCUCUGCCGCUGCGGGAGACACCGGCGCCCCUGCCGUCGUCGGUAUCAACUUUGGCAACUCGUACGCAUCUAUCGCUCGAGGACUGGCCGAGUGCAUAGCGAACGAAGACGGCGAGCGCCAGAUUGCAUGUGCUGUGGCGUUCCAAGGCGAGGAGAUGUACCUCGGAAACCAAGCAAAACACCAGCUCGUCAAGAACUCGCAGAACACGAUAACGGGUUUCCGUAACCUCCUUGGCAAGAAAUUCUCCGAAAUCCCCCAAUCACAAAUCGCACUCUCCGCGCCCGUCAUUCAACACCCCACUGAGCCUGACGUCCCCGCCUACCGCGUGCAAGUCCUCCAACCCGCACCCUCCCCCCUCCCUAAGUCUGCCGCUCACACCCCUGCCGCAUCAAACGUCGCCACCCCGCGCUCUGAGCCCAUAUCCGCCGAGCGCAUCCUCUCCGUCUCGGAAGUCACCACCAUCUUCCUCAAAUCGCUCCUCCAGAGUGCAGAGGAUUUCCUCGGCAAGAAAGUCUCCGGUGCCGUUAUCAGCGUCCCCGCAUGGUUCGACACCCCCGCGCGCGCCGCCCUAUCCAAAGCUGCUGAAGACGCAGGCAUCACCGUGCUCCAGCUGCUCGACGAGGCGGGCGCCAUCAGCGUCUGCACGAUCGCGCGUGACGCUGACCUGGAGAAGGACGAUGCCGCAUCGAAAGAGGAUCCCACUCCAGCCGACCGCACCGCGCUCAUCGUCGACAUCGGCGCGUCCGCGCUCGAGCUCGCGCUCAUCUCUCUUUCAUCGGGGCUCUCUACGACCCUGCACACGUCGACCGUGUCCGACGGCAGCGUCGGCGGCGACGCGCUCGACAGCGCGCUCAUUCGGUUCUUCGCCAAGGACUUUACCAAAAAGACGAAAGCGCCUCUGAGCGUCGCGCCGUCCACGGAGCCGCAGGACAAGCGCGCGGAGGCGAAGCUCCGCCUCGCCGUCGAGCACACCAAGCGCACAUUGUCUGCGUCCCCGGGUGCGGCUACGUGCAGUGUCGAAUCGCUCAAAGACGGUCUGGACUAUACGGGCUCGAUCAACCGCAUGCGGUUCGACAUGGAGGCGCGCGCGGUGUACACCGCCAUCGGGCGCUCCAUUUCAAAGCUACUCGAAGAGGCGGGCGUGGAUGGGUACGCCGUCGAUGAGGUCGUGUACGUCGGUGGUUCCGCGUGUUUGCCUGGCGUAGACGAGAGCAUCGCGGACGUGUUCCGCGAAGACGUGCGCACACCGUUUAAGGCGGGCACGGUUGUCGGUGGCGGGUCGGGCGAUCCGACGACGGUGCUGGCGCGGGGGUGCGCGCUGCAGGCGGAGCUGCUCACCAACAUCGCGAGCGCGGGUGGGGAGAAGGUUGAUGAGAUCACGGGGUCGUUCGCGAGCGGGAGCGAGCACACGCAGGUGAAGACCACGAGCCGGACUAUCGGCCUCCUCGUCCCCGUUGCUGCAGAGUCGGCGGAGGGUAGCAUCGCGGAGCUCGGCGGUGUCUUUGUUCCCCUUGUGCGCAAGGAAACACCCCUCCCUGCACGGAGGCGCAACGUCUUCGCCUUUGCCAUCUCCCCUGACAACGCAAGGGUGGGCUUUGAGCUCUGGGAAGUCGCUGAGGGCAUCAAGAUCGACCGGAUCAAGCUCCCCGCGCCCGAGCCCGAGGAAGGCGAGGAGCCGGAGGAGGAGGAAGAUGAGUACGAGGAGGUGAAGAGCGUGACACUCGCGAAGGAGAAGUACCUCGGGAGCGUAGUGCUCGAGGAUGUGAAGGGCAGCAAGGAGGCGAAGGUCGAGGUGACGGUUUCUGUUAGCCAAGAAGGCAAGGUCGAGGUGAAGGCGCGGGAGGUGGCUGAGGGUGGGAAGGAGACGAGUUUGAGUGUGGGUGCUUAG